UUCGUGGUACGGUCACACCGGAGAAAACCCGACGACCACAACGUGCUCAAAAAAAACUCAAACCGGCGAACUAUGUUGUUUUUCUGCCCGUCGUGCGGCAAUAUUCUGAUCAUCGAGGAGGACACCACCUGCCACCGGUUCACCUGCAACACCUGCCCGUACAUAUCGAAGAUCAAGCGCAAGAUCUCGACCAAGACCUUUCCCCGCCUCAAGGAGGUUGACCACGUUCUGGGCGGCAAGGCGGCGUGGGAGAACGUUGACUCGACGGACGCCGAGUGCCCGUCGUGCAGCCACAAGCGGGCGUACUUCAUGCAGAUCCAGACGCGGUCUGCGGACGAGCCCAUGACCACGUUCUACAAGUGCUGCAACCACGAGUGCGGUCACAACUGGCGAGACUAA